AGAAUAUUAGAAGAAAAAACAAGCUGAAAGGGGGUUUUAUUGUAAGCGGUGCAACGAAAUGCAAAGCACGUAAAACGCAUUCACAGGAGAAGUUAAACCAACAAACGGUAGCCGAUAAUAAAAAUGGCUACUUUGGCUAAGCCAAAAAAAGAAAAAACAAAAAAGCAAAGGACGUCGAACGAACACCGACAUAUCGAACAAGAAGAAGAAGAAAACGAUGAGCUGUUAUCAACAAGUUGUGAGAACGAACAAAGACAAUUGGAGAAUGCGUCACUACUGGAAGAGUUCGAGCGUGUGGCCGCCAAGGCCAGCAGUAGCACCCACAAAGCCAAUACCAUCAUCAGCCACGACUGCUGCAUAUCAAAUGACAUACAAACCGAUCAACUUGCAGAAGCAACAACAACGACAACAGCAGAAGUCAAGGAGGAGCCGGAGUUGGAGGAGACAGCGCCCAGUGCUCCAUGUGCGCCGGCAAGCAGUGUUCCCCUUGUGCAAUAUCCCAAUCUGCAGCCAAUACGCAUAAGCAAUGCCCUCGCCGAGGAGCAGAAGACAAAGAUUGUCUACAAGCAGCGGACGCGGGUGAGCUCGCCCGGCUUUGCGCUCGCCAGCAGUCACUUGAAACCGUUUAGCAGCGAUCAGCUAAAGCAGGUCUAUCAGUGCACCGACUUGGAACUGGUCAAGCAAUUCGAAUUGGAGUUUCUCAUGAGCACACUGCUCGAAUCGAGUGAAACGGAUCCGCUCUAUCUGGCACUCCAGGAGUAUUUUAAUCUACAGGCCAAACUCACAUCCAAUUUGCAGGACAUUCAUAGCAAUUACCGAAUGAGCCGCGAAACAGAGCAGAAGCUGUGGAAGCGGGAGAACGUGAGUCGCACCUUCAGCGGCACCUGCGGCGACGGCACCGUCGUCAGAGAGACCACAACUUACGAAUGCAUUAAGCUUAAUCGCACUAUGCUGGAAUACGUGAACAAGUAUUUAACCGUUCAUUAUGAUCUGGUGUGCCACGCGUAUACCACCAAUCUGGUUGAGGCAAAGAUAACCAAAGUCCGAAUCGAUGCAAUCAUCAAUGAUCUACUCGCUUAUCCAGGUGUCGAUGUGCAGGCAUCUGUUGUGCUGCACAGCCAGUUGCAGGCACCGGCUCUGGAUUGUGUCGCCAAACUUAGGCGCGCCAUCUCCAUUCUCUUCAGCUUUGCGCGACGACCCAGCCCAAAUGCGGAUUUUGAUGCCGAUCUCAAGCUGUGGCUUCGCAAACUUAUUGCAAUGCAGCUGCUGCUGGCCACCAAGGAGGAUCAUUGGUUUCUGCUCUUCAACAUCUUGCGUUGCCCCAAUGGCGUCGGUGCCUGGGCGGCGGAGUUUUUACAGCUGCCGGGCAUGGUAGCCCAGGCACAGUCGCAGACAAUGGCCAAGGGCUCGCAACCCAAUGAGCUGCCGCUGCCACUGAAUUCACCAGAAGUCAAUCACUGCUUGGCCGUGCUGCAAAUUCUACUGUUGCCCAUUAAAAAGCGCAGCGAGUACCUCAAGAGUCAGGUGCAAGCCCAAAAGGAGCUCGCCGGACCCACAGGUGGCGGUGAGGGCUGGACGAUGUUGGACUCGGAUGGGGAAGAUACACUGACGCCAACAGGCGAAUAUGUUGGCCUCAAGGAGACUGAUUUGAUAGCACUGCUCAAUCAGCUACCCUUCGAUAAGCUCUUCACCUCUGCAAUGUGCAUUGAAAAAUUCCUCGAAGACUACAUCAUUGAACCGGACAUGAUUACACCUCAGCAGAUGCUCACCGUUGUUGUAUUUUUCGCCCAAUUAGUGGAGACGCUGGGAGAGGGCAUGUUGACCUACAACAACGAGCGGUACAAGCAGCUGGCCAAGCGUCUGGGACGCCUUGUGCGCCACUGCCUACAAUAUGGCUUCGAUUAUUACGAACUCUUCUGCAACAACAAUUUGCACAAGUCGCCGGAGCUGUGUGAACGUAUCGAAUUGGAAAUGCAGGCAUUGCUCAUUCGAGCCUGCAGAUAUAUUUAUAGCUCUCGUAAUUUAGGCACAUGGCAGUACUUUUCAACGCUGCCUUAUUCCACGCUAAAUGCUGAUAUCAUUUGGCAUCUGUUCUAUUAUCUAAACGUUGGCUUUCCCAGUGACUUCAGCACACAGCUAUCCGCUGAUCCGGAGGAGGCAUUUCAUACGGACUUCUGGGGCAAGUUUGAUUUGGCCAAUGCUGAUGUAUCCGCCGAGGAUAUGUACUAUCUGCUGCAGGCCUUCUUCGAGAUGGCCAACGGACGCGAUCCGACCAAAGAUUGGCAAAUUAUUCGCAUCAUUUGUUUGACCAUCUUUCAGAUCGGAUUUCUGCAUCAAGCCACGCGAGAGUUUUGCUAUAAGGCUGCAAGGGAUACGUUGGUAAACAUAACGCUGGUCUAUGAGGGUCUCUUGGACUGUCUACUGCUGCAGCUGAAGACGCGCUUCAGUGAAAUUGAGCAGGCGGCGUAUCUAUUUAAGGCGCUGCCACUGGAGAGCUGGCAUCCGAGUAUGGACAGCUUUGAGCUGCUGUCGAGCUGGUUGCUUCACUUCGAUUACCAGUCGACACAGAAUCAACUGGCGCGUCUAAUCAUUGGCCAUCUCAACUGGGGCUUCGAUGAAGAGGGUCGUCUCUAUCUGCCGCACAAUAUUCACGUCCGCAUGGCUUGUCUGGUCACUGAAGCAAUCACCAAGCAUGCGUCGGAGGUAAUCGGUGUCUCGGGCAUCUCGGAGAGCGUGCGUCAGGUGUCCUCUCUUAUCGACUCCACGCAGUCCAAUCGAGAACAAUUUACCAACUGGUGUUGGCGUAUGAUCUCAAUGCUGCGUCUGCACCUCAUGGAUCAAAGUGUGGAGUCGGUCAAACGCACUCUCCAGCAUCCCACAGAGCCGUUGCUCUUUGUGCCGGACAUGGAACGCUUGGACAUGAUCAGCCAGGGCGUCAACGAGCAACGUCCCUUAGCACUCUAUGCUGCCGUCCUGGUCAGUUUGCAUGGCCAUUCGAUUCCGCUAAUAUGCCAGCAUGGCUUCGAGUUGCUCCACCAGCUGAUUGGCGACCAUCGCCAUGCGGCCGUCAUACGAAGUCUGGAGCUUAUUGUGCCACUGUUCCUUGAAACGCCCGACACGCUGGCCAACUGUGAGAGCUUCCAAAAACUGCUCAUAGCACUGCUCAAUGCGGACAGAACUUACCUGAAGCUGGCCAAAGAUAUGGUAUACGCCAAUUCAAUUGGUCCUAUUCUUGAAUUGCUGGACAAUAUGUUGCACCAUCAAAUUGUGUCCUACACCAGCUACGGGCUGUGCUCUCCGCUAAAUCUCAUGAAUGUAUGGCUCAAUUGCUUCACUAUGCUACCGGGCUGGGCCCAGAAUACGCACGUGCUCUACCUUCUAGACAAGAUGCUGCGUAUUGCCUACCAGUUUGCCGACUGUCGCGUGCAGGCAAUCGAAUUCUUUUAUAACUACUACAAGGACUGCAACGACUGGAAGAUGCCGCCAAAGUCGUCCGGAUUGAAAGCCCUGUUUGGAGGGCAGGUCAACAUGCGUAUUCCUGUGCUAUCGCCGCAGAAUUGCUGGCUGAAUCUUGUGCUGCUCGAAAUUGAAUUUCGACUUCAGGAUACACGCUUUUGGCCAGAGCUGUUGCGUCAGCUUACGGAUCAGUCAGUGGAUGUGGCACUUAAGAAAACUUUGUCGCUCAGCAAGACGAACGCUUUUCCCGCCCAACAAUUGGUUAUCUACAAAUACGCUCAGCUCCUGGCCGGCAUGGACACAACACACGCUCUCUUCCCGAUCGUCUGUCAGAAAUUCUUCGAGCUCUAUUUGUGGCGCUUGCCGACGGAUGACGAUGGCCCCAAUAUCAAUCAAAACUUUGGAGUCGCCCAAAAGUUCUACGACGGCAACGUGACGCUGAUGAAGUCAAUAAAGGCACAGCUGAAAUCGGCAGAAGUCUAUUAUGCUGCUAUUGCCAAGAAGCGUGCCAAUGACGAUGCCGCGGCACACAUGUAUCGCAGUUGCAACAAACUGAUGCAGAGCUGUGCCCUCUGGCUGGAGGACACACAGAUCAACACGUUCUCCAGCGAUUCCGGCCAUUUGCCGGCACAGUACAAUUGCGAAAAGUUACGGGAGUUGUUCAACGGCCACGUCGCCCACUGGACAGAGUUUCUCAGUCCCGCUGACCUGCGCAAGGAGCAGCGUCACCAGGCGGAUCAAUGGUCUGCCAAGAUUUAUCGACUGCUGCACACCAAUAAGCAAUUGCGUACUCCGCUGCAACCCAAGCCACGUCUGCCACCUGUCCAGCGCCUCAAAAUGCAUCUGUCCACAUAUGACAAACGCCUGCCACCACCAACCUACAGUCGCCCGGACCAAGUUGAGAAGCGACCCAUCGAUAACAAUACGCUGUCCGAGCUAAAGUGUCGCAUCCAAACGCUGAACAGUACCGCCAAUAAAUUCCACUACAAUACAUCGGAGGUGAAUUCUCUGAACUUGGACUAUUUGGAACGAGUGCCAGCAUCGUAUGCGAUGACUGCAUAUGAAGAGACAAUAAUCAAGGAAUGCAAUCGAAAGUGCGUGAAACCAGCUCAAAUCAAGCUAGAGAAGGAAACCAUAAGUCCCAAUCCGCAAAUAGCCCGCCAGCAGGAAAAGAAUCGAGAGCGUCACAAGAAGAUUGUUGACGAAAUGUUGGCCCUAAAUGUGGAUGGCUUUGCACAGGCCAUCCAGGAACUGGGCGGCUACAUACAACAUCUGCUGCAAGAGCAAUCCAAUCAAAAAGUAAUAUCUAUCGGCGUCAAUUUCUUUUAUCAUGUUGUUGACAACAUGAACGAUACGACAAAGAAGUUUCAGCCCACACACGAUUUCUACUCUCAGAUAUUGGGCGAACUGGGCGUCUUCAUGCAAGCCGAUCAAUUGGAACAGGGAUUGAAUAUUCUUCGUCUGGCGCUGCGACGCGGUGAUCUUGUAGAGGUGCUUGCCGGCGUGUUUGUACCUUGUCGCACCAGUGCCGAUCAUUUCCUGGACAUGUAUGAGUUCCUUAUCGAUUCACAUUUGAAGCGUUGCGAUACCAAUAUUCUAUUUGUGCUGCUCUCCAAGUUCGAUCUGCCCAGCUGGCUGGAGACGUUUCAGCCUAAGCUCAGCGAUAUCAAUCGAUGUUUGUUGCUAGUGCUGCAAGGGCUCGAAUCAUGGUCACAGCCACACAGCAGCAUCUUACAGGAUCAAUUCCGUCGCCAUUUAGUGCACAUCUUCACGUACGACUUUCCACAGCAUUACGGUGAAGUUAUGCAGAUGGUACUCGAUCGCAUUUCGGAUCAAAAGCUAAUGCCACUGGUGCUGCUCGAUCUGCUUAAUGCCUUACUUAUGCCCACGGGCAGCGCUCCACUGACACUAACCACCACUGAGGUGCAAGUACACGAGUUGUGCUUUGACUAUGCUCGUCGCCAAAAACUGUUUACGAUGAAGGCGGCAACGGACACAUUGUUGCUGUUUGCCCGUCACUUUCAAAAGGAGCGACUCCAUCAUGGCCUCCAUGGGCUGUAUCCAAAGCACAAGGAUUACUGCUCGCCGCUGGUCAUGUGGUUUAGCUGCUUUGGACACGUACUGCUGGCAACAGCCAUUUUCAGCUACCAGGAGCUGCUUGCCGAUCAAAUCAGUGAUAUUGUCUUCGGCUCAAUAGUGGAGACGUAUGCGCCCUGGCUCAUCCCUUACACGGAGCAGGAGGCAGGUGCUGCUGCACACUGGAUACGUCAACUUAAUCCAAAUCAGGGCAAGAUUCUGUUGCCUUGGAGUGAGCCGCACGUGGACACCAGCAAGCUCAUGAUCAGAUCUUUUAUUGGCAAUAUUGUGCAGGUGGUGCAGUAUCUGCCGGCAUCAAAUAAAAUACUGGAGCACGUGUUUGCCUGGUAUAUACAUCACUUUGCCCAACUCAAUGUGGCGGGGCAUGUGUUGGCGCCCAUACACGAGGGACUGGCCCAGCUGCCAUGGGAGCGCUUCCUGCCGCCAGCGACGCACAUUGAGCUGCUGUAUAAGAGCUUGCAGCGCUUUAUACCCGAGUCGCAUGCGAUGCUCGGUCACAUCUUCAUCCGAAUCGAUUGGAGCGCAUGGUUCACACAGAUGCCACAGCCGGUGGCCGUUCUCUCGAAUCUAUUUGCCAUCUUUAUAAAACUGGCAUUCGAACCGAACAUUCACAUGCAUCCCAAUACGAGCAAGAUACUCGAGGAUGCCAUCAAGCAGCCGUGGCAUCUCGUCGAGUACACCGAAAUGGAGCAGUUGCUCAAGUGGUUCGUGACUAAUGUGGAGCCCGCCAUUGUGCUGCAGCUACCCACUGAGACCAAUUACGCUGAUCGCGCCGUUCUCGAUCUGCUUCGCGUGGCCUGCGCCAUGCUGCCUGAGAGCAGCACCCAAGGCGUGGUCAUACAGGCAACGGCCAAGCGAAUGUUGUACACACGCUCCAUGGUCUGCAUGCAGCGCACCUGUGGCGCCAAGCUAAAAAAGCUCCUGGCCACCAAGGAGGGUGAACGCGCCUUUACCAAUGCCUUCCUAAAGCUACUGCAAUCCAUUGACCAGGCAAUAAGCGGCAGCAGUGCGCAGCGCACGCUGGAGGAGCAGCGUCGCGAGGCACUCAAUCUAAUGCUCGAGCUAGUCGCGCCCACGCAGACGCAAAGCGAGGAGAUCUCCAACCUGCACAUCGAGACUCUGGUGCGCUGGCAGCAGCAGUGUUCUCCCGCCAAUCUGGUUAUGUGCGCCGCUCUGCCAGCCAUUGGGCAUCUGAACACCUACAUUUCCUGCAUCUACACACUGCUGGAGUCGAGCAUUGAGUGCUAUUUUCGCACUUCGUCGACAAACGCACCUUGGCACACACCUAGCUGGCGCGGACUGUUCGAGGCGCUGCAGAUGUCGCUGCCGAAACUGGAACUGAUGCCAGUCAUGAGUGGUGGUUAUUUCUUUUCACUGCACAUCUUUGUGCUGUACAAACUGGAAGAGAUUGAAUCGGCUGGUGAAAAGGUGACCUUUCUGCAGGAUCUGACGCAGUUGUUGGAAAAUCUAAAAACCAAUCCUCAAACGGAACCGCGCAUGGCGCUCGUCUGGGGUCUGAUAAUCUCACGCGGCUGUAGGCUGCUUCAGGAAUCGGAGCAUGUGAAGAAGGCGCUCUGUAUGCUGGCGCGCCACCUUCAAUUAGCCUCGACAAAGGCAGAGGGCUGGAGCGAUGGUUUGCUGGGCGCCAUUGGCCUCAAGGCGAAGAGCAUCACAAAUAGACGCAAGGUGCUCACCCGGUGUCUGGCAUGCAUAAUCUAUUCGCUGUUCUCAGCCAGCCGUGAGAUGCGGCUGCCUUGUGAGGAGUACGAGAGCGCCAUGCGGGAGUUGGCCAUGCUCUUGGCCAACAAAAAAUUCACGGAUGUCAAGCCGCUGAUCGUCCGGGCCGUAAGCAUUCUCAAGGCGCAGCCAAUGCCUGAUUUGCGGGCUGUUCCCCACAUGAUCUGUCGCCUGAUCGAUGUGUUCUAUGAGGAGAGCUAUCUAACGACCAUUCCGGAGGUGUGGGACUGCGAUUUUAAACUUAAAGAUUAAAGCUUGAUAUGAUUGAGGCAACAGCCAAUUGUGGUAUUUUUCUACGGAUUACAAAAAUCGAUAUAUACCUUUAUAUAUAUACACAAAACACAUAUUUACACAGCACAUUUAAGAGUAAAAUAAAGUGAUUUUUUUGCUGUUUUUUGGAAAUUGCAAGCAAUAUA